ACUCAGUCUCGCAGCCUCGACGAACUGGAGGACGUGUUAACAUUACUGAACGCCCAACCCCAUGCGUACAGUUUUCAUUGCUGACAAUCACGACGCCUGCCUCGUCGACUCUGCUAUCGUUGCGCACAUACGGGAAGUAUGUUCUGAUCUAAAUUAUUAGGAUAACGCCGAGAUGAUUAUACUCGUUCGAGGCGGUACCUUGAACAUCUACGGCAGUCGAUACACUUCGAAACACGGGUCUUGGCCGUUCCAUAUUCACGUGUACAAUCCGCCGCGAGACACGUAUACAGUUGCCUUCAACCCCAGUACAAGCAGUUGUAUUCAUCACGCAUACUCCACCCGCGUACCACCUUGAUAAUGACGGCUCAGGUCAUGUUGCAAUACUACGGUAUGACCAUGAAUGCACGUCUUUGGACGGUUCAUGAUGCGUGGGAAUGGAAAUUGUGUCGUGGACUUCGGAUAAGAGAGCUCACCAAAAAGACCUACGAGAAUAAAGGAGCUGGUGGAAUCCGCCUCUGAUGCUCAUUGGUACCCUGGAGACGAAAGUGAAGAGAAGCCAGACAACGCUCGUCAAUGCCUCGGUCGUGGGCGGUUGUCGGGACGAACUUAGACGAAAUGCAAUUGUCGUGGACUUUUGAAGUGUUUCAAGAGAAGACAAUUCCCGAACUCUACGCCCAAACCCUACAUUUUUUGACACUACAUUCUUUUUCUUUUGAUGGUGACGCCUAUAGCCACUGUUGUCCUGCCCAAUCUUGCUUCCUUUUGAUUGGAAGGUAAUUGAUAGAUACAUUCACUCGUAGGCCGACUUAACUGCACGCUUCCGGAACAACCGGACUAGAGUCAGUCGUAAGACUAACGGUGUACCAUUCGUUCCAAGGAUUUGUCCGAUUUUCUAUUGCAAGGUAAACAUGUGGUUAGCCGAUGUACUUGAAUAGUACAUCCUUGCGGAGUCAAUUGGAGAAGGUUUCCCUUUAUCACUUAGCGAGCUUCGUUCAUAUGCAAAAGGCUGGCUUCCCGGCGCUGGAGGUUAUCACGUCGAAGGUCGUACGAAUGAUUCAAUUUUAAUUGGAAGAACUACAAGACUCUACACAUUCACAAUAUGACAACAGACCUCGAAUCUCUCCGCGACAUCAUUGUGUCCUCCGUCGACCGUAUUGUCGGAAUAUGCAAGGAGACAGGGAAAGAAUUUCCGCCGCUUGACAAACCAGCUCAUCCAUCGGAGUUUUCCUCUGAGAGCAUACGCAAUAAUCCAACGGUUGCAGAUAGCAUACAUCUUGCAGUCGCGGCUGCAUCUCAGCUCAUCGCGACUCUGCGCCCGCCCUCUGUCCACUUAUGGAACACCGCAUUCAAGUUUGUAUUGCCUGCUUGUCUUGGUAUCGCGGAGAAUGCAAACGUUGCUGAGAUCCUUCGGGAUGCAGGUCCCGAGGGCAUGCACGUAGACGAGAUAGCUAAGAGGAGUGGAACACACCCAAGGAAGCUGGAUCGCGUUAUGAGAGUGUUAGCGACGAACCAUUAUUUCCAGGAGGUUAAGGAGAAGACGUUUGCACACAACUUGUUGUCAUCGUUGCUUGAUACAGGGAAGCCUUUGACUGAGAACUUCAAUGAGACCAAGCAUAUCAAUACACCAGGUUUCGCAGCCGUUGCAGGAUACGGAGCGGAUGAGAUAUUUCUGGCCGCGCAUGGUUUCAGAGAAGCUAUGCUCGACCCGAUGACGGCACAAUCGGAGGAGCUGGAUGAGAGUGGCUUCCAAAGGGCUAUGAAAGUUAAAUUACCCAUGUGGGACAUAUACGAGUUGCCUGAGCAUCACUACCGUCGCGACAGGUUCAACAUAUUUAUGUCUAAUGGUACCAACAUGCGUCCAGAGACGAUCUUGUCUGCUUUUAAUUGGGAGGAAGUACAGAACGGAGUCCUUGUCGACGUUGGAAGUGGCACCGGACACGUCAGUCUAGAAGUCGCCAAGAAAUACCCGAAUAUAACCGUUGUCCUCGAGGAUCGUAAAUCUGUGAUUGAGCAAGCAAAGAAUUAUUGGAAGGAGAAUCUUCCAUCUUAUGUUUCAAUGGGGAAGGUCCAUUUUUUUGAUGUGAAUUUCCUUAAGCGACAACCAGCACUUCCCGCGCCGCCUAAUGUACUUCUGCUGCGGUGGAUUUUACACGACUGGCCUGACAGAUAUGCCAUAAGUAUUCUGAAGCACUUGCGCAGCGCUGCCAUUCUUGAUAAGACCAGACUCGUUGUCCUGGAGAGCAUUCCGGAAUAUGCAUGUCAGGCCAGUACUGGCCCUGGUGCCUAUUUUUUGCAAAAACCCCCGGCUCCUUUACUCUCGAACUUGGGAGAAGCAAACGUGCUUUCGUACUCGAUCGACUUUCUUGUAAUGAUUUGCCAUAACGCUGGUGGCCGCACAGUUCAGGAAUUCCUAGACAUUUUCAGAGUUUCCGGAUGGAAACUGUCCAACAUUGAGAGAUUAUCGGGUGGCGCAACAUACUGGUCCAGUAUUGUUGCCGUGCCGGAUCCCAGUUACAGUGAUACGGGUGCUUGAUAGCAGUCUCCGAAUAUCAAACUCCUUCAUUUGAUUAUUUUAUGCAAUACUUUUGGGAAACAAAAUGUUAUGAUUUGCCUGUUGUAGUCUACUGUCACAAUGCC